UUUCGGAAGAUUCGGUAUAACGGAAGCAUGUUGAUGCUAUUGAACUAUGAUGUGACGGUUUCUUAUACACUGGUGAAGGUUGAUGAAACAAUGGGCGAGUAACUCGAUACCACGAUGUACCUGCUUACCGGCGGACCUAUCAAGACGUCUGUUGUCCUUAUAGAGAGGACCGGGUACAUCAGACAUGGGAGAAGAAGUUACAGUGGGCGGAGUGACCUCUUGACCUUCAGCCCAACCUUGACCUCCUACCUAGAACCAUCUGGGUCCUUUUCUAAAUCUUAUCUGUCACAUGGACUUGACUACGUAAGAGGUUCCCCCAACCGGAGUUCCAGUACUUACUUCACUGGUGACGUACCACGGAGCUAUGUGAGUGUAAACAGUAUGUCGCGCUACGGCUCGCGUAGCUACGACAAGGGGGGAUCACGUCGCUUUGAGUCAAGUCUACGCAGCUACGACACAGGAAGCAGUUACAAGAGCUAUGACUCGGGUAGGAGGUUAGACACUGGGCGGUCAUACGACUCAGGCAGAAGUUACGAUAGUGGGCGGAGCUAUGGAACCAGCAGUAGCACCAGUACCACGUCAAGUAGAUAUGCCAGUCCCACAUCAAGUUCAAGGUCAUACACAUCAGGCACAACAUCGUCCUACUCUCCAACAUCAACAAGAUCUUAUGGCAGCUCCUACUCAUCACGGAAUGGAAGUAGUGACACAAGUUCAAGGCUAACCAGGACGAACAGCUCUUCAAAGCCAAGUGAUGGUGCUUCAUCACCAACACUGGAGUCCAGAUACUCUCGCAGUGGCUACACAUCCCCACGAAGCAGCAUCCCAACACGUUCCUCAGAGUUAGCAAAUGGGAGGAGCCCACGAUCUAGUUUGUCAUCUGAACCUUCAUUUGAAUCUAAGGAAGAUUCUCUGACUCGAAAUAUAGAAGGUCGAAGGUCACAACGGAACUGGGACAAAAAGUCUGAUAGUGAUGAUAACAAAGAUGAAGCUCGAUCUUACAGCAGAUAUUCCCGAUCGUAUCGGGAUACCAAAACAGAAGGUGACAAAGAUGACAAGAAAGAUGAAACGCGAACAUACAGCAGAUAUACCCGAUCGUAUCGGGAUACCAAAACAGAAACAGAUAGCGACAAGGACAAGGAGGACAGGUCAAUUAGUCGAUACUCACGACGAAACCGUGACACAGAACCUGAUAUAUCAGAAACCAAACCAAGAUAUGAGUCCAAGUACGACACCGGAUCAGAUACAACUGAAGCUAUUCUAAAACGAGCAGAGAGACGUCGAUUGCGGGCAGAAGCUAAGAAAGAUUUGGCUGCUGUAACUGACUAUGGUACCAAAGAUGAUUCCUCAAACACAGGAAGAUCAGAGGAAAAAACGGACACUAAGGAAGACGCUUUGACAGAAUGGCGACGAAAGAGAGCACUUGAGCAUAUUUCUGUGAGUUCAGACCAAAGUUUAGAUAAGCCUGAUGCCACAGAGAGGCUAUCAAGGAGAGACAGGACAGGCUCAUUGAAAGACAGCACUGAUGAUAGUGAUGCUUUUGUGAGGCAGUCAAGCUAUCAGAGACGCAAUAAUAUAUCUGAGGAGAAGGAUACUGAUGGUUCCACCAAAGAGGAGAGUAGCACACCAAGUAGGAGUAGUUUUCGUCGUUUCCAGCGAGAAAAUCAAUCUGAAGAGAAAGAAGAUGCAAAUGAAAAGAUUCGAGAGAAAUCUGAGGAAAGGGCAUCACGCGCUGAGCGAAUUGCAAAAUAUAAGGAAGAGCGUCGCAAGGAACUUGCUGCCAUUUCUAAUCUUACGAAACAGUUGGAUAGUGACUCAGAAGGCUCAGGGGUGGUUGCUAGACCAUCUUUGUUUCUAGCAGCAAGUUCACAGAGGCAGAGUUCAGAGGAGAGAUCUGAAGAUGGCAAAGGUGGUUCAUCUGGGCUUGCUGAUGGGCAGACGCAUAGGAGACGUCUACCUGAAAUACCAAGUUUCAGGAACAUAUCAGGAGCAGACAUAUCAGUUGGUGGUGUUGCCUCAAAAACAAAAGCUGAAGUUGUAUCCAGUGACAGUGGCAUAUCUGAAAAUGAGGCUAGAUUUCGCAAAGACACAUCUCCGAAUGCCAAAUUAGAUGUAGGGGCUAGCGUGAGACGAACAUCUUCAUUAAGACAAGAAACAACCAAGCAGCCUAUAAGUGGAUCAUCAAGCAGGUCCAGAGAUGAAGCCAGGAACAUAUCACGUAGCCGUGAUCGCCUUGAUGUUGACAGAACAACUAAAAGUCGACACUCUUCAGGUGACAAUCGAUCUUCAGAAGAUGAAGCCUCAAGGUUAGAUGUGAAAGACCGAUCAAAAUCUGAAAAAACACUUACAUCAACAUCAAAAUCUGUACGAAGAUCACUAAGUGAUGUUACUCGGACUUCACAAAGCAACCCCAACUUGGAAAGUUCGGGGUCAGAAACCUUGCGUGCAUCAAGUGCAUCAAGUGCAUCAAGUGCAAUCGAUCAACUCAAACUGAAACAGAUAGCAAGAAGGGGAGAACUUCUUGAAAAGAAAACUUUCGGAGCUAAGGACAAAUCAGGUGAUCAGACCAAAAAAUCAUCUGAGAAAGCAGAAACUGAAACAAAUACUUCAUCAAAUACUCUUUCUCCACUGAAAACUCCAACAAAGACUGUCCGAGGGGAACGUAUUCCCCUCUCCCCAGAUCCGCUGGAUGAUCUGUUAAAGAAGAAUGCUGCGUUCUUAUCAGACGCAGACAUGGAGUCAGAGGUUGCUUCCUCCUCAUCCAAUGCUUCAAAGUCUUUCAAGAAUGAUAAACCUAGGAAAUCCUUGAGAAGACGUCAUCUCCAGAAAUCCAUGAGCAAGACAUCAGUGGAUGAGGAUGGGAAGGAGGAGACAUCUACAAGGCUGUCAAAGGAGGUGGAUGCAACUGAAGAGGCGGUUACUGCAGAUGACAAAUUCUCUUCAGGGACGGCUGCUGUGAGAAAGCAGACGCAUGAUUCCUCUGAUAACUUUCAAGGUGAAAACAAUAAUUUGGAAUUACAGGUGACAGAUUUAUUGGAUGAGUUUGAAUCUUCAGGUGGUUCAGAAUCUUCGGAUACACAAAUGAGAAAGUCAGCCCUAGGACUUCGGAGGUCAGAGUUUGAUACAAGCCAUGGAGACGAAUAUACUAACAGGGACAGGUCAGAAAAACGGAAACGCUUUAUUACAAGAAAUGCACAAGCUAUUAGGGAUUCAGAUAGUUUACCCGGAUCGACAGAAAGUGAAAGUAUGUUUGAAACAGCCCCAUCUGCUCCAUCUAGUACAGAACCUGUUAGACGAAAAGUUCGGAAAGACAAAAGUUCUCUGCGGAAGUCCAGUCUCAACAAACAUGAAAAUGACAAUUCUUCCAAACUUGGCACCGUAGACUCCUCGUCGGACAAGGACAAGGUUUCUUAUAUACAGUCAACACAUCUACAACUACGUUCAGGUCGCACUGACCUCAACACUACCCACAAUCCCCCCCUCUCCUCUGCUGCACCCACAGCUAACAUCAAGUCACGUGCCCGGGCGCUGGUGGAGCGGGUAUCGCAGUCUAACAAACCGCAUGUCUCUACGGGUCCAAGUUCUAUCACAAUCAGCCACACUGGAAGAGAAGAAGGAAAGAAAAGAUUGAAGGAGACUACGUCUGAUGAUUCCACCUCACAUCUUAUACGUCCAUUGUCUCACAAGAAGGAUAUAUCUUCUCUGAUACAGAGGUUUUCCAAUUCUGAUGCAUCCAGUUCUGAAAAGUCUGACACAGAAACAAAUAUAUCAAGGAGACGUGUGUUACCUAUACGUAGGCAGGACCCUGUCGUGAUAAGCAGCAGCCCCAGUGAUGAGUCUAAUACCGAGAGUUCAAGACGUACACCUGAACGUACGCAGAGUCUACGCAUACAUGGCUCAACCGAGACCACGGACAGUAAAGUUCAAAGGACAGGUAGUUUCAAAUCAGAUUUCAUGCGUAGAAGGUUUAGUGGUGACACUGAUAAACCAACCCCAGAACUGGCCGAUGUUCUGGGGAAACGUAGCAAUAUUGUUGAAAAGCAAGAAGAGGAAGACCGAGUGAGAAAUGCUGCGAAAACACCAUCAAAGUACGAGAAGGCCGAUACAUGGAAGGCAGCUGAGGUGGAGGAGGUCAUUGCUGAUGGUGAAGUAGCUGCUGUCUUGAAAGCAAGGCGAAAGCAGACUGAUUCACUGUCUGACAAUGAAACAAAAGAACAGGAUAAUGAUUCAUGUAAUUCAUCAAACAUAUCGGAGACAAAAACCAGUUUAAAAACUCUUGAUUCCUCUCUAGCACUAUUAAACAGGGUCACAGAAGAGUUGGAUAGUCCUGCAGCCCUGUCAUCAGACUCAGAAAUACUGGCACCUGUUCCACUCGUUUUACAACGCAAAAGGUCAAGUCAGGAAUCAAUCUCAGAGGCAGAACAGCUGAUUAAAAGUGUUGAAUCCUCCAUCACAUCACGCACAUCAGCUACCAUAUCAGGCACCUCUGUCACAAAGGGAGAUAACUCUAAAGAGCACAAUGUCAGCAGACAAACCACCAGUGAUUUUACAACUGAAAGCAAGAUAAGGGGAAGUUCUGACAAUGUGGGAGAUACUGGAGAUGUUUCCAUUACGCACACCACUCACAGACGUGCAGGCAAGUUGGACCGUGAGGAAGCAGACUAUGUCAUGCCUCUGGAUGAGAAAUGGGUUACAGAUAGAAAGAGAAAAGAUAAACAUGAUCAAAGUUCCAUCUCACCUUCUAAAUCAUAUCAUGGUGAUACAGAUAGUGGUAAGACAAAUAGAGACAUCAUUGGUGGAACCGAGGAGUUAACAGAAAUUAGGGAAAGUGCCAAGAAAUCAUCUAAUGAACUCGACCCCAUUACCAGCAAAAGUGUGGAUUCUUUGAGGAUUGACACUGGGCAGGACGCGUCCUCUGAUAGGUAUUCUUCAUCCAGUCUACGCAGAGCGGAAUCUCUUAAGGAUACCUCCAUCAAGAGGACAGAUUCAUUGGAACGCAGGAAAGGUAUUUUGAAGCGCACUCCAUCCCUACCGAAACAGCCAGCUCGACCAAUUGUAGACCCUGAACUUGCAGAGAGGUUACGGAGACAGCGAGAAAAGGAGAAUGACUUGUCAGAUGAAGAUGAGCAUAAACGUACAUGCAUGUCAGUUAUUGAGGAUAUACAGGAAGUUCAAAGGAGGGAGAAGAAGGCUGAGGGUUCAGAUGACAGCGACGGGGAUGGAGGAGUAAAGUUGUCGGUCUUUGAGAGGAUUUCCCAAAUGGAGAAUAAACUAGAAGAGGAGAAGUUCGGCUCAGCAAGGUCAAGGUCAGGCUUCACAACACCUAAGUCUGCGCAAAUAUCAUGGAUGGAGAAAUCUCGAUCAGAGUCCAGCUUUGACUCUGGUUCCAGUCAUCGACUAGUGUCUGGAGAACAGCUGAUGGAGAAACUUAAUGUGCUAGCAGAACAGACAGAUGUCAUUGACCUUGCUGGCAGCAAACCAAUCAGUGAGAGACGACAACAAUUCCAGCGCCGUAACCGUGACGAUUGGAGGACAAGAACACAACCAGUCACCAUUGAGGAAAUUCAUGCUGCAGACAAUUUGGAGACAGUGAGUGCCUUCCGUUCGCUUAUUCGUAAAAAGACUACCAUCAAUGCAUACAAUCAGAUGCGAGACGUUAAUAAAAAAAUAAGUCCUGUUGGGAAGAAAUGUGAAUUUCCUCAGCACAUAUCACCUGAUAAAAACAAGCGUCGGACUCGAAACCAAAGGCACAAAACUACACCUGUCACAGCAGCAGAACUUAGUGCCAUUCCAGAAGGUGAGACAAUGGAGGGAGAUAGGUCAAAGAUGGGUCACGGAAACCGGGAUUCCACUACAGACUCAGGAAUCUUGUCUGAUGCUGACAGCCUGCUUGGAAGAAACUCCUCGGAGAAUUUACGUAGUUUGACACUGGAGAUGGACCUGAAUGAAGAUGAUCCAGCUAGAGGAACCGUUUCGUCCAAAAUGUCCAUGUUUAAGGCAAUGGAAGAGAGGUCUAAAGCAGAAAAGGAUAAAGCAAAAUCUGCCAGUGGUGCCAAAAGAUAUAUUGACCGGAAAAAACGAGAACGGUCUCGAACCCAACCUGUAACAGAAGAUGAAGUCAAAACGGCAGCUGAGAUCUCAGAUCCUGCAGAGGAGAAGAAACCAGAGGUGAACAUUCCAAGACCUCGAGUAAUCUCCAGGGCAAAGUCAGUUGAACCAGGGGAAAGCUGUGUUGAAGAAGAGGAUGAGCUUGUUGGGCUCAGCUUGGCCGAAAAAGUGAAACUCUUCACCCAGAAGAAAGAAGAAAAACCUCUGGCUCGUUCAGAUGCCCCUGUCCCAAGGAGACGAGCUCGCAAAAACAUCUCCAGAUACAGCACUCAGCCAGUGACAAUAGAAGAGGUAGAGAAGGCUGCGUCACUGAACCGUGUGUCCCCUCUGGCAGCAAGUUUGAUCAAGCCUCCAGAUCCGGAAAUCCUGAAGGGUCUUCCAAUCAGUGCCCAGAGAGAGCUGAUGGCACAGCAUGCCGAGGCCUGUCUCUCACAACCAAACUCCAGGCCAGGCUCCAGACCAGGCUCCAAGCCAGGCUCAAGGAGAGGCUCUUCACAUGAUCUGGAAGAUGAGACAAGUGAGAACCUCAAGGGUGUGAGGAGCAUCUUGAAGCAAGAGAGUGGACAGCUCAGUCCUGAGUCCGAUGUGAAGGGCAUACUUAAAUCAGAGAAGAACAAAAAAGACACUGAGCCCCGGGGUAUCUUGAAACGGGGAGAUAUAAGCGAUACUAAUUCAAAACAAUGUGACAGUGAAACUCACAGUAUCUUAAAACAGUCAGAGCUGGUGUCCAAAACAAAUAAGGACUCAGAGCCAAGAUCGAGCUUGAAGCAAACUGAAUCAGAGUCAUCAGCAGACACUAUUGACCCAAAUCGAGGGAUUUUGAGAGCUUCAGAUUCCAGAUCAGAAUGUGAGCCAAAGGGUAUACUGAAAGGUGAAUUAUCAGAUGGCCUCGAUGUAAAGGGAGUGUUGAAAAAAGAGCUCAAGGGAGAUAAAUCUGUAACGGAACCGAGGGGGAUUUUAAAAAAAGAAGGCUCCUUUGAAAUACGAAAAAGUGAGCCAGAGAAGAGUGUUUUGAAAAGUUUAGACUCUAAAGAUGAACGAGAUCACAGCUUGAGGAGUAUUUUAAAGAAAGAGCCAUCCAAAGAGAAUGUUGAUGUGGAAACAGGUAGCAAUGAUGGGACACAGCCACACCUUGGAGAUGUUGAUGAUCAAGAGGAGGAAGCAGUAGAAGACCACAUCAACAGAAGACGACCUCGUCAAGGGGACAGAUAUUUGACACAGCCUGCUGACUUCACCCCGGAGAAGUCCCCCCAAAGUCGGCGCAAGUUCAAGUAUGAGGGUCGUCACCUAACACAGCCCAUCACGCCAGAGGAGAUGAAGGAGGCCAAGGCAGCAGCCACACCUAGCCCAGUCAAGCCCGGGGGCUCCAUCGGGGACAGGUUGAAUUCUCUCAAGAAGAGUGGAGAAGAAGACUGGAAACGUCGGGUUCCCAAAACCCUGGACCUUGACACUCCGGUCAAACUUAGAGACAAGACCAACCUAGCUGCUGUAGAACGCCCUUCAAGCCUUGCUGACCGACUCAGAAAUUUGGAUGAGUCCAAAGGAGGAUGGAAGGAGAGGGUGGAAGAGAAAGAUCAGGAGCAGUUCACUGUGAAAGGAAGGCUUGGCAGAGGAGGAAGCAAGGAGAGCCCCCUGGUGUCAAGACUGAAACAAACCCCAAGGAAAGGUGAAGAUCCCCCAUCAAAUGGAGCAUCCCCAGUGACAUCACCAACAUCACCUUCCAAGGAGUUUGCAGUAGUCACAAAGAAAAUAUCACUACCCAAAGAAAUCAUUUCUGGUCCCGCCCCAGUGAAGACAGAGCGCGAAAAGCAAAUGGAAGAGGUGGAGAAGCAGGAGCCGGUGAGAGUGGCUGUACCACAGAUGGACACAGAAGCGAUUGACUCCUUCUUCCAGACCAGGGACAUUUCACAGAUCAAGGACACAGUCAAAGUUGACAUUGACGACUUUAAUGAGAUAUUCAUGAGGGCAAAUGAAAUGCUUCCUGCUGUGAAGAAAGCUCGCCCAGCCCGUAGUAAGUCCACCCGCAGUCGGAACCACCUGAAAACAAGGUCACUGCACUUGGAGCUGAAGGACGAGUACCUCGAGAUCACCCAUGGCAUAGCAGAGAAGGAGUUCAAGAGGCUGAAGAAGGAAACAAUCUCCAAGGAGGCAGGGUUUGCUCAAGAGGCCUUGGCAGGUCUGGCCAGCAAGGAGAACUUCUCCAAGGUGGCACUGAGGAAGGCAGAGACCUCCACUCCAGGGGGCACAGGCUCCUUCCAGCCCUACAAACCCGUCAUGCUGCUUCAUGUCAAAGGGCGUUACAAGAUCCAGACUCGCCUGGUUGAGCCGUCAGCAGCGUCCGUCAACAGCGGUGAUUGCUACCUCUUGGUGACUCGUGACAAGAUCAUAAACUGGAUUGGGGAGUACUGCAAUGUCAUCGAGAAAGCUCGGUCUGCAGACAUUGCUGGGUUUAUCCAGCAGAAGAAAGACCUUGGUUGCAAGGCAGCAGCUCUGUCCAUCUUGGAGGAACAUAAGGGCCACCUUGGUGCCGGCAGACACUUCUGGAAUGCCAUUGAUGGAUACAAGGAGUACCAAGGCUGUGGCCCCGAGGAUGAAGAUGAGCUGUAUGAGAACCACAUCAUCAAGACCAACAUGGUGUACCGGGUCGUUGACAACUCACUCUUACCCUACGAGGAGUACUGGGGCAUGCAGCCCAAACAUGAGAUGCUCAAGAAAGAUGAGGUGCUGGUGUUUGACUUCGGCAGUGAGAUGUAUGUGUGGCAGGGGAAGACAGUGACCAUGGAGAAACGCAAGCAGGGCAUUAAGCUGGCCCAGAAGCUGUGGGAGAAGGGUUACGACUACGAGGAGUGUGCCAUCAACCCACUCUGUCCUCUACAUGAUGAUGACUCAGCAAUACCUAAAACGAGCACUGACCGACCUUCAUGGGCUUUGUUCGGAAAAGUCAACCAGAAUAUGGAGACCAUCUUGUUUCGUGAAAAGUUUGCUGAUUGGCCAGACUCAUCUAGACUGAUCAAGGUCAAGGAUACACAGUCAACGAAAGAGAAGAUGGAUGUUGUGGAACUGCAGCCAUAUGAUGCUAAGCUAAUGCUGGCUGAAAAGAAGAAUCCUGUCACACUACUUUUGGAAGGCUCUCAUGUUGGCAGGGGUACAAAGUGGUUUGAGGACAUGGAAGGCUUCAUCCGGGAGGUGGACAUCCUGACUUUGGGAAUCUCUGUAUGGCAUGUGCUGGAGUAUGACCACUUCAAGAUGCCUGAGACAAGCUAUGGCCAGUUCCAUGAUGGCGACACCUACGUGGUCCGGUGGCAGUACAUGAUUGCCAAUGCUGGCAUGCGGACACUGAAAGGUCAUGCUGCCAGGCACUCACUGACCGGCCGGGAGAGAUGUGCCUAUUUCUUCUGGCAGGGUAAGGGCUCAACAAUCAAUGAACAAGGGGCAUCAGCACUCAUGACAGUGGAGCUGGAUGAGGAGAGAGGGCCACAGGUUCGUGUUGAACAAGGCAAGGAGUUACCAUGUUUCUUGAACUUGUUUGAGGGUCGAAUGGUGGUUCACAUAGGGAAGCGGGAGGACGCUAGCACUAACACACAGGGGUCCUGGAGGUUCUACUGUGUGCGGGGAGAGUACACCAAUGAAAUGUGUCUUGUGGAGAUACCUUUGUGUACAGACAAUCUCAGAAGCCGUUCAUCUUUCAUUUUACUCAGUGUAAAAACUGGCCUUGUGUACAUAUGGCAUGGUGCUAAGUCUCCACAGCAUACACGGGAGGUAGCAGUCAAAGCUGUCAACAAUCUCAAGGAAAAAUGUCCCCUGGAAGUGAACAUGGACAGUCGGGCCAGCCUGCUGGUCACUGAGGUCGAGGAGGGGUCAGAAAAGUCUGACUUCUGGGGCCCUCUUGGUGGUCGGCCCAAGGGCAGCUACAUCUCAUUGCUAAAGGAUCCAGGGAUGUACCAGCACACAGUGCGCCUGUUCUACAUGUGUAGUGUGUCCGGUGUGUUCAAGGUGUCGGAGGUCCUCUAUGAGGCGCGCUCCAAUGAUCUCAUCUCGUCAUUCCCAUUCCUACAGGCUGAUCUCUACAAUGAGUCUGUCUCCCAACCAGCGUUGUUCCUGGUUGACAAUAACCAUGAGGUGUACCUGUGGCAGGGAUACUGGCCGGUUGGUGAUGAGGAACAGGAGAAUGUGGCCACCGGCUCAGCUCGCGCUCGCUUCGAUACUGACCGCAGAUGUGCAAUGCUCACAACCAUACAGUACUGUCAAGAGAAGAACAGUAAUAAGCCCCCAACAGCAUACCUGGUGUGUGCAGGUGUGGAACCACAGUCUUUCACCAAUCUCUUCCCCUACUGGGAGGUGGACGAGACAGUCAAAGAGGUUGCCAAAGAUGACGGGAAGGAGGACGGCUACUGUGAUCUGGUCAGCGAUGUGCUGGCUCGCUUCUCCAAGACAGAGUACUCCCUGGAGGAGCUGUUAGACCGCCCCCUGCCAGAGGGAGUUGACCCGUCCAAGCUCGAGUGGUACUUGGAAGAGGACAAGUUUCAGGAGAUAUUUGAAAUGUCCAAGGAAGAGUUUUACAAACUGCCAAACUGGAAGCAGAGACAGGUGAAACAACCCACUGGUCUCUUCUAGAUGCUCAUCAGGCAGACAUCAGCUCAAACACUGUCAUGGACGUGUCCAGCUUCUCGUGACUGCAGCAUCUCACUGUGUCAACUUCAACAGGCAUCUCAUCAUGAAACUUCAAGAGCUUUUGUUUUAUGAUCUGUGUUUAUAUUGACAGUGAAACUGUGAUGUAUAUAUCCACAUUUCUGACAGGAUAAAUGUUUCGUGAAGAGUAUUUGCAGGAGUAUUUACAGAGAUCUGUCAAUAUGAUCACUGGUGUCAGAUUCUCUUCUGCCAAAACAAUCAGCUGUCACUCAGGUGUGAACACUGUCAUCAAUUGCAUUGUCAUGAUCAGGAAUGACAAUACAUUGUGCCUGCUGCGUCAGGAGGAGGUACUUACUAUGAGUUUCAUAUCCCAUGUCACUCUCACCUGUCAAUCAUCCCAUAUCAUCUGAAACAGGUGCUUGUUAAAGAAACAGUGACAUGGAUCUGAUAUACGGGGUAAUACAGAACAAAGCCUUUCAAUUAUCUGUGAUCUGCAAUGAUAGAAUAGGAUCUACAUUGCUUUACAAUAUUGGACAGGUGCUCUAAGAGUGUCAUGAGUGGAACAUAGUGAACCAAUAAUGGAGGACUUUCAACAGCCAUUUAUCUGCUCUGCAACAAGUCACAGCCGUGAUUGGCGAAAUUGAGUUCCAUUAUGUCUGAGUGGUGUGGCUAUGGAUGACAUACCCCUACACCAAAGCAUGACUGACCGGCCAGAAAGCACCAUGACUCAGACAACACACCACAGGGUGCUAUUACAAGACUUGUGCAACUUGCUACUGAUAACCACACAUUUCAACAGGGAUCUCAUUAGUGCUGCCUUAAGACAACUGCUGCGUGUGUGUCAUUGUGUUGUCCCAUCUGUCACUGACCACUGUAAAACCUCAAUAGAAGAUGGACUUAACAUGUAACACCCAGUACAAGAUAUACUUGCUUCACUCAUGUGAAGUACAAGAUGGACUUGCUUGACCACUGUAAAACCUGAAUGUAUACACGAGGGUUGAUCUUGUCAACAGAUACUGAUAAAGUGUACUGAAUCAGAAUCUUGUUAAUAAUCAAUAAUAAUCUCUGUUUUGACUGAGUAAAUCUAAAGUGCUUUCAAGCUAGUAGUUAGGAUUUGCAACAAAAUAACAUAUUUUACCAAGUUAGCAGUGUAGUCAUUUAGUGACAAAUAUUCCCAACUGAUAUACUGAUUAAAGUUGGUAUCUAUUUUGUGAAUGAGAAAAAUGUUUGGGCGUGUUUUGAGAACAUGAUUCCACUUGCUCUUCCAAGUUAGUAAUUGCAUGUAAAGAUUUAGUGCUAACUUGACCUGUGCCUAAUCUUAUUGUUUUUUUUUACAAAAGUUUGACAAUUUUACUUAAGCUUAAUAUAAUAGCUUAAACCAAGAAAUGAAAACAAAGUAUUUUUAUUAAAACACCUUUUAUUUUUUCAGCUUAAGAUACACCCCCAUAAAAAAUGAAUCAAACUUAAUGUAUACAGGUUUUUGUACUAGGUACUGAACAAGUUGGCUUGAACAAUUAUAGUGCAUAAUGUUGGUAUAUACGGUUCUGUAUAUAUGAGAAACAAGUGAGGAGUGUAUUGUACAGUCACACACCCUCCCCCCUACAGCCAUGGUGUCCCACUACCACUUUCCUUAGUUGGUUUACAAAACCCACUGCGAAAAUAAUAAUGCUUAGGCGAAAAUAAUUACGCCUGAUUGUGUAUGAAAGUUAGUUGUUGUCCCAUAUUGUGCAUACACUACACCUUCCAACAGUUAACCACUGACUCAACCACUACCAUUAGUUUACAAACUGUUGUCUUCACUCCAGUCAAAAUUCUUUCAGCUGCAAACAUAUGGGAGUGGAUACCAAAAUGCCAGAAUCUCCUAAAAUCAAUGUCAAUCCAAUCACUUUGAAAACUUUAAAACAGUCCAAGAUAACUUGUUCCUCAUGUUAUUAGUAAGGUUAUUUGGAAGCUGAAUUUCUAAAAGAAACUUCCCACCUUCCUUAAAGUUCGGGCAAGGUUGUUGACCAACUUAUAAUAAACACAGGUUCUGCCAGCCAUGGUGACACUACUGUAACAGUUGGUAGUGAGCCACACAUGGAGUUGAUCGUCCCGAGUCUGGCAGCAUCCUUGAUGUAACCACGUUUACUGUAUCAGUGUUUGUGUUGUAUCUGACCACUGUGAUGUCACCAACAUGUACAUGACACUUGUCCAUUUCAUAAUCACUCUCCAUGUAUAUAUAUGUAUUGUAGCCUGCUACAACCUUUCAAUUGUACAUAGAUUAGUGUACAUAUACCAUCAACUCAGAAGACAUUAAAUUCAACUUAAACAUCAAA